GUCGUAGAGGGGGGAAGAAAUUCAAUAUGGCACUACCUUACACGUUCCAAGGAACCUUCACCAGAAGUGCCGGGCUCUACGCAGCCCUGGGCAAGCAGAGCAAGCUGCUUAACCUCACUCCGGUCAAGAAGAUAACCUUCUCCUUCGACCCCCUGGAAGAAAAGGCCAUUGUUGUGAGGCGCCUGCUGAAUUUCUUUUAUAUAGAGAGAGUUCGGGAAACCAAUCUGAAUUGCAUGUUGAAGACUAAUGUAUUGUCUACAAGAGCUGACCCUACUGUAGAAGUCAAUCUUGUGGAUGGUAGAACACUACUCUUCCAAGCGAAGCAUCUGGAGCCCUUAGAAAUACUUACACAUUUCAAUAAACUAGUAAGCAGCCAAGUUAAAUUGGAUGUGGCAACAGAAAAGUUAUCUAAAGGAAAACUAACAAAAUCUCAAAAGAAAAAAUAAAGAACAAUU